AUGUCUCGCAACAGCAGACUCGCGCCGGAGGCGAACCGGAUCCUCUUCAUCAAGAAUUUGGCCUACAACAUCGACUCACCGGCGCUCUUCGACCUCUUCGGCAAGUUCGGGCCGGUUCGACAAAUCCGCGUGGGCACAUCGAACGCCACAAAGGGCACGGCCUAUGUUGUCUAUGAAGACGUGUUGGAUGCCAAAAGCGCAUGCGACAAGCUGAACGGCUUCAACUUCAUGAACCGCUAUCUCGUCGUGCUGUACCACCAACCAGAGAAGAUGAAGACGGAAGUCAAGGAAGACCUUGUUACCCGACAGGAAUACCUGGACAAAAUCAAGAAAGAGCAUGGAAUUGACUGA